AUGGCCGAGGCCAGGAAGAGGCGGGAGCUGCUUCCUCUCAUCUACCAGCACCUGCUGCGGGCGGGCUAUGUGCGCGCGGCGCGGGAAGUGAAGGAGCAGAGCGGCCAGAAAUGUUUCCUGGCUCAGCCUGUAACCCUUCUGGACAUCUAUACACACUGGCAACAAACCUCAGAACUUGGCCAGAAGCGAAAAGCAGAGGACGAUGCAGCACUGCAAGCCAAGAAGACCCGUGUGUCGGACCCCACUAGCAGCUCAGAGAGCUCGGAAGAGGAGGAGGAGGCAGAAGCUGAAAUCUCCAAAGCCACCCCAAGACUAGUGUCUAUGAACUCCUCUGUCACAGGGAUGGGUUUGCCAUCAGGCGUGAAAGAAAAAGACAAGGCAAAUACCGAGAAAGCCGGCAAGAUGGGGAACUCCAUGCCACACGCUGCCUCCAAGGAGGUGGUGGCCCACCUCCUCUCUGGGAAGUCACUCAGAAAGUCAGCAGAGCCCUCGGCAAAUACCGUCUUGGUCUCAGAAACUGAGAAGGAGGGCGGGGUCCCAGCCCUUGGAGCUGCUGCCAAGCGUGGGAUAGCAUCAGCAGGCCAGGCCGACAGCUCCAGCGAGGACACCUCCAGCUCAAGCGAUGAGACAGACUUGGAGGUGAAACCAUCAGUAAAACCAGCACAGGUGAAAGCCUUGCCAGCCUCUACCAAGGAGAUGCCAGCAAAAAAGGCAGCCCCGACCCCUGGGAAGGUGGGGAAUGUGACACCCCAGGGCAGAGGAAGUGCCCUGGCCCCAGCCGGGAAGGCCAAGAAGCCAGAAGAGGAGUCGGAGAGCAGCGAGGAGGAGUCUGAAAGUGAGGAGGAGGCCCCUGCAGGGACAUCCAGCCAGGCCUCUGAGAAAAUUCUCCAGGUCAGAGUUGCUUUGGCCUCUGCCAAGGGGACCCCUGGGAAAGGAGCUACCCCAGCACCACCUGGGAAGACAGGACCCCUAGCCUCCCAGGCCAAGGCAGGGAGGCCAGAGGAGGCCUCAGAGAGCAGCAGUGAGGAGUCUGACAGUGAGGAGGAGACGCCAACAGCUGUCCCGCCGCUUCAGGCAAAGCCCUCGAGGAAGACCCCCCAGGUCAGAGCUGCCUCAACCCCUGCCAAGGAGUCCCCCAGGAAAGGGGCUGCCCCAGCACCGCCUGACAGGACAGGGCCUACAGCUGCCCAGGCUCAGGUGGGGAAGCGGGAAGAGGCCUCAGAGAGCAGCAGCGAGGACUCAGACAGCGAGGAGGAGACAUCAGUGCCCACGAACCUACCCGUGAGCCCUGUUCAGGUGAAGCACUUGGGGAAAAAAACCCAGGUCAGACCUGCCUCUGCUGUGGGUGUGGGAUCCUCAGGGAAAGGUGCCAGCCCCAUGUCCCCCGGGAAGGCAGGGCCCACAGCCCCCUUGACCCAGGCAGGCAAGCCGGAGGAGAGCUCAGAGAGCAGCAGUGAGGAGGACGAGGAGUCGGACAGCGAGGGCGAGGUACCCACAGCUGGGACCCCGGCCCAGGCAAAGCCCUCAGGGAAAAUCCUCCAGGUCAGACCUGCCUCAGGUCCUGCCAAGGCGCCACUGAGAAAAGGGGCUACUGCAGUGUCCCCUCAGAAGGCAAGGCCUGUGGACACCCAGGUCAAGGCUGAGAGGUCCAAGGAAGACUCAGAGAGCAGCAAGGAGUCAUCAGACAGUGAGGAGGAGGCGCCAGUAGCCAGGACUCCAGCUCAGGCAAAACCAGCUCUGAAAACUCCUCAGACCAAGGCCUCCCACAGGAAAGGUCCCCCCAUUAUCCCCACAUCUGCCAAAGUCACCCUAGUGCAAAUGGGCACCCCAGCCCCCUGGAAAGUGGGCGUAGCGACUUCUCAGAGGCCACAGGAGGAUUCUUCAAGCAGCGAGGAGUCAGAGAGUGAGGAGGAGACCGCUCCUGUGGCAACAGCAGGACAGGUGAAGUCUCUGGGGAAAGGUCUCCAGGCAAAAGCUGCCUCGGUGCCCACCAAGGGGCCCUCAAAGCAAGGGACCACUCCAGUAGUCCCUGGGAAGACAGGGCCUGCAGUUAUCAAGGUCAAAACUGAAGCACACGAAGACUCAGAGAGCAGUGAGGAGGAAUCAGAUGAUGAGGCAGCGGCCACGACUCCAGCACAGGUAAAAGCCUCAGUGGAAACCCCUCAGGCCAAAGCCAAACCAGCUUCCACCAGAGCGCCUUCCACCAAAGGGACAAUGUCAGCUCCUGGAAAAGUCACUGCAGCUGCUCAAGCCAAACAGGGGUCCCCAGCCAAGGUAAAACCAGCAGUGAGAACCCCCCAGAACAGUGCCGUCUUGGUGAGGGGACAGGCGUCUGUGUCAGCUGUGGGGAAGGCAAUGGCCACAGCAGCCCAGGCCCAGACUGGGCCAGUGAGGGGCCCAGAGGAGGACUCGGAGAGCAGUGAGGCGGAGUCGGACAGUGAGGAGGAGGUGCCAGCUCAGGGGAAGCCCUCUGGGAAGACCCCCCAAGUCAGAGCCACCUCAGCCUCUGCCAAGGAGUCCGCCAGGAAAGGGGCUGCCCCAGCGCCCCUUGGCAAGACAGGGCCUGCAGCUGCCCAGGCCCAGCUGGGGAAGCAGGAGGAGGACUCGGAGAGCAGCAGCGAGGACUCAGACAGUGAGAAGGAGAUGCCAGCAGCUGUGAUACCGGCCCAGGUCUUGACCCCUCAGAAGGACAGUAACUCCAAAACUGCCAGAAGUAAGACCCCGGGCCCGGCACCUCCAGAGAAGAAUGCAGAGGAGUCCUCGGAGAGCAACGACGAGGAGCUGCCGUCGGGCCAGGUGAUUAAACCCCCUCUGAUUUUUGUCGACCCUAAUCGUAGUCCAGCUGGCCCAACUGCUACCCCUGCGCAAGCCCAGGCUGCAAGUGCCCCAAGGAAGGCCCGGGCCUUAGAGAGCACAGCCAGGAGCUCCUCCUCCGAGAGCGAGGAUGAGGACGUGAUCCCUGCUUCGCAAUUCUCAACUCCUGCCAUUACAACCAACAUGGUGACCAUGCCCACUGCUCCCUCAAAGACAGCCCCCAGAGCCAGCGGUUCUGGGGCCAACAGCUGCAAGGAGCCCAGUCGGGUAUCAGAAGGCAAGAAACAGGAGGGACCAGUUGCUCAGGUGACAAAGAGGAGCCCAGCUUCCCUCCCACUGACCCAGGCUGCCCUGAAGGUGCUUGCCCAGAAAGCCAGUGCGGCCCAGCCUCCUCCUGCCAGGACCCAUUGUUCAAGUGAGGUUGACAGUGCUGCAGGAACACUCCCUGUGACAAGUCCUCUGAGCACCCCUGUUCAGGCCAAAGUGACCAACAAGCUCAAAAAACCCCAGCUCCCUGGGGACCAGCAGGCCACAGCCACUCCCGCGGGACGCCCCAAAACCCAAGCCCCCGGGAGCUCAGAAGACAGCGAGGACAGCAGCGACAGCUCUUCAGGGAGCAAGGAUGAUGCUGAAGGGCCCCAGACGGCCAAGUUGGCCCACGGGCUGGGUCCAGCCACCUCCGGGAGGGAAACCUUGGUGGAAGAGACCACAGCAGAGUCCAGUGAGGAUGAGAUGGUGGCACCUUCCCAGUCUCUCCUCUCAGGACUGACCCCAGCCAAACCCCAGGCUUCAAAAGCCACUACCAGGUCAGACUCCAACCCUUCGGUUUCCUCCACUCCUGCCACCAAAGAUGACCCAGAUGGCAAACAGGAGGCAGAGCCCCAACAAGCAGCAGGCACCAUGUCCCCUAAAACAGGUAGAAAAGAGGCCACCUCGGGCAGCACACCUCAGAAGCCCUGGAAGCCCAAGAAGGGGGCCGGGAGCCCCCAAGCCUCCACGCUGGCACUGGAGAACAGCAUCGCCCAGCGCCUCCUGGGUGAGCCCUGGCCCCUAAGCGAGGCCCAGGUGCAGGCGUCGGUGGCAAAGGUCCUGGCAGAGCUGCUAGAGCAGGAAAGGAAGAAGGCCGCGGACGCCGCCAAGGACGGCAGCAGGAAGGGCAGCAAGCGCAAGCUGUCGGAGGACCAGACAGCUGCCAGGGCCCCCAAGAGCAAGAAGAAGAAGCAGCUGGCAGCUGGGGAAGGUGGGGUGGGUGCUGUUUGCCCAGAAAAGGCCUCCAGGACUUCCAAGGGAAAAUCAAAGAGAGAGAAAGCCAGUGGUGACGGCAAGAAGAAGGAGAAGGGGCCUCCUGGCUCCCGAGGGGCCAAGGACAAGCCAGAAGGGGAUCCAGGGACGGUGCCGGUUGAGGGUGGAGAGCAAAGCAUCCCAAAGAGCAAGAAGGAGAAGAAGUCUGACAAGAAAAAAAAAGACAAGGAAAAAAAAGAAAAGAAGAAAGCAAAAAAGGCCUCAACCAAAGACCCCGACACACCAUUCCAGAAGAAAAAGAAGAAGAAGAAGAAGACAGCAGAGCAGGUUGUCUGAGGGGCACAGACUCGAGAAGCAGGGUGACCAUCCCAUGCUUCUGACCUCUGCACAUCAUGAAUUGGAACUGAAUUUUUGACUUCCUCUCCCUCUGCAGAAGAUGGCCAGUGUGGGGUCCCAGUGCUGGCCAAGACAGUGGCACUGCAGGGAGGCUGGGCCCAGGAGAAAGUGGGCCCAGCUCCCACGACCUCACCCCCACUCUCCCACGACAUGGGAUGCUUCGUAUAGAUGUGUACAGUAUAUAUAUUUUUAUAAGUGCCCUGCCUCUUCCCCUCAAACCCAACAUGCCCAAAGGCCUUGGGACUUCCCAUCAUUCUGCUCUGCAGACCCAGUGAGGCCCAAACUCCAGUGCACCUCAUGCCACUUGGUUUCCGGCUACUCCGAGGCUUUGUCCUCCUGUCAGUUUUCCCAGAUGUGUGUGUUCGUGGGUUUUUUUUAAGAACUCAGAAAAUAAAAGACUUGAAGGAAACAUUCAAAUUCCCAGUGCAUCUGAGGCAAACGUUUUGCAAUUGGCUUACUCUUGGAGGGUACAGUCUGGCUGACACCUGGAGGUAAACAGACCAAAACAGGAUUCCUCCUUGACUGCAUGUCAAUGCUGUGGGGUACAGUGGUGAAUGCGACAGACAGUUUGCCAGAGAAGGAUUCAAUUAGUAGGAAAGGCUUCCUGGAGGAGGUUGCAUCUAAGCUAAAAGGGACCUCAAAGAUCUGUGGUUGGUUUCUGGAUGCCAGAGUAGGUCAUGCGACUACCCAGAGGCAAGAAAUGGAAGGGUGCCUUGGGAACCAUCUUUUAGAGUUGGGACUUGAGCUGGGGGCAAGCUCUCUUAAGAUAGUCAUGGAGAAUAGCUGUAGUGGGCACAGGAGAGCCAGUUAACAGUUGCCCUCAUGUCCAGAUAACGAUGGUUCUGUGGCAAUGAAGGCAAGAAGUGAAUGAACUCAAAGGACAUGUUGGGGUGACAUCUAUAGGACUUGGUGAUGUCUUGGGUGCAAACUGAGGGAGGGGAGGGUAGCAAGGGAUGUGUCUCCUGCUGCUCCAACCUGGAAGUGCGAAGGCCCACGUCCCUGGGCACAGAGCAGCAUGGAGCACCAGAGGUCAUGGAGGCUUCUCCAAGGCUUUUAGCCUCUUGCUAGAGACAGCCAGAGGAAGUGCAGUAAAAGAAUGCUGGGCUGGAGGUCUUGGAGACACAGCUUGGCAUCCAGCUGUGCCCUUAACAUGCGGCCUUGGGCCAGGUUUUCCCCUCUGGUAGCCUCUCUCUGCCCUACAAGUGUGUUGGCCUACAGCAGAGACUGCAGAAUAGUGUCCUCUGGGUUUUGUGGACCCAUGGCAAUUUCACUGAAGAUCUGGAUUUCUGGCCUCUCUUGAAAAGUCAACAAAUCUGGCAAUAGGGGCCUGCACUCCCUCCUGGCAACAAGUGGCCACAGCUGAGUAGCAGUCAGCUCCUUAGGUAGGGCAUGGGCGCCCAGUUUUGCACAGUCCCCCCCACUUCCUGUUCAGCCCUGCCACUGAGGCCCAUGUCGGUUGCCAUCUGUCAUCACACUUGUACUGUUCUUAGUAUAGAAAUAAAAUUAGGGGCAUGGGAAAAUGAAAGCUGGACCAAGAGGAGCUUGUACUUAAAGAGCCUAUUUCUUUUUUGGAAGUAAAGAGUUUAUAUGUGUUAAACAUGCAA